AGAAUGCGCGUGGUGACUCUCCGAUGUAUCAGUGGGCAGGUUUCAAGUUGAAUGGUUGGUAAAUCACAGUUCUGGCAGCAGAAGGAGCAGUCUUCAGAGUUGUUUUGGUAACACCUGCAAUUCUGAUUGUCUUGAACCGCAUUUUAUCGCAUUGGCAUUUUGCCAUCAAAUGAGUUUCUUAGCUGACCAGGCAGAUAACCUAGGGGAUCUCAGUAAUUUUAUCAAGAAACUUGAGGAAGAUCACCUGUCAGCUGGAGAGGACAGUCACUCUAGUGAACGAUUUGCUAAUUUCGAUGACCCACAGAACGUUCCUGCUCGAAUUAGAGAAAUUGUAACAAGAUCAAUAUCUCCCCCUGGCACAACAACAAUGUCACGGGAGUCAAGUCUUGCAAACGAGAACCGUUUGCUGCAAGAUGAGCUGUCAAAGUUAGAGGACUUGCUCGCAUCCACGAGGGCAGAGAGAGACGAAAUAGGCUCAAAGUACUCGGCUCUGAGUGAGAAGGUUGGAGACUCUACUUCAAAAAGUCGAGUAGUUAUGGAAGAUUCACCUAAAAUCAAUGGAGAUGCAGGACCAGGUGAAUCUUUGGUGCAAACGAAUGCCAUUUUGCGGCAAAAGCUAGACGAGGAGCAUGCAAAUUACAAGCGAAAACUACAAGCCUAUCAAGAUGGACAGCAGAGGCAGGCUCAGCUUAUACAGAAGCUUCAGAGCAAGGUUUUACAGUAUAAAAGGAAAUGUGGGGAGCUAGACAAUAGUAUGAGUGAUAAGAGUAAAGAGCUUGAAAAAGUGCAGAGUGAGUUGAAAAAUGUGUCCGCCAACUUGCAAGCUUAUGAAGGGCGAUUAAGGGAAACCGAGGAAGAACAUAGCACUGACCUUGACAAUACACUAAUUCGGCUAGAGGAAGAGCAACAAAGAAAUUCAAGCCUCCAACACGUUAACAAUAUGCUAAGAGAACAACUGGAACAAGCAAAUCAAACAAAUAAUAGCCUAAAUAUGGAAGUCCAGAAGCUGACUGCUGAUUGGAACAAGGCAAAAGAGGAACUGGAACAGAGAGAAGAAGAGGAACAGAAAUAUUUCAGUGAAGAACACGACAGAUUGGUUACCCUCUGGCAAACAGUCAAUGGAUUCAGAAGACAAUUCAACGAAAUGAAGAUCCAAGCACAAAAGGAAUUGACAAUGGUGCGAGCUGAAGUCAACAAAUCUGCGCGUACAAUUCAAAGUUCUUGCAUCAACCUGGAAAGGGUCCAACGUGGUACAGAAUCAAAUACCUCUGCCGUCUUGGAAAGAGAAAGAAGUAGUCGCGAAAAGACUGAGCGUCAACUUCGUGAAAGGGUCCAGGAAUCGAUGGAGCUGCAAGCGAAGUUCGAAUCGGACGCUGCCAAUGCCGCUCAGAAGAUAAACGAAUUGACUAAACUUUGCAAGGAGCUUCAGCAAGAAAACAACCAGAAGGACGAAGAGAUUGAUGCACUUACUAGGAGGCUGUCUGGUUUGGAGAAUGGCAUUGUUGAGCAGAGUGAAAAGUGGGAGAAGGAAAGUCAAGCGAGUGUUCUAGCUGUGAAGGAAGAGGCAGAUUUACUCCAUACAACUCUUCGCGAGAUUACAAACACUGUCAUUCGUGAUACAGAGAUGACUGCCAAAAUGGUAGGCUCUCCAACUGGCGAUGGAAUGGAGGAAAUUGACGCCGAAGAAGCAGAAGAGCUAGAGGGUAGCUACGUCACUUCUACCCCAUACACACGCGUGACCACCAAAAACCGCUCACCCUCACCAUCCCGUGCUAUUAGGUUGAGGUCUUUGUCGCCAACCAGGGCUAGGACGCCUGCGCUUGCCGACUCCGCAGUGUCUGCUGUUCAAACGGCUUUGAAGAAGCGCCAACUGCAGGUGCAGGAACUCAAGUCAAAGUUGAACGCGGCAAAGGAUGAUGCUAGCGUUUCCAGGAAACAAAUUGACAGUUUGAGCAAGCAGAAGAAAGAAAUCGAAUCAAAUGCUAACAAGUUGAAUGAGGAGCUUGACAGAACGCAAAGAAAAUUGGUGGAAGUUGCAGGCGAUCGGGACCGUUUUAAGCAGCAGCUCGACUUAUCAAGCAACGACAAGCAGAAUUUAGACAGAGUAAGGUCUUCUUUAGCCAAGCAUGUUGAGGAGCUAACCUCUGAAAUUGAAAAACUUAAACUCGCAAAUACUGAUCUGAUCAGGACAAGAGAUCAUUUGGAGGAUGAGAAAGAUGAUUCAGGGAAAGAACGAGGUAAGUUGCUCAGUGAGCUGAAGCGCUCACAGCUGAUUGUGGAAAAUCUCGAAGCUAAACUCUCUAGUAUCAAGGAAGAGUGUGUUGAUCUGAAAGAAAAGCUUAACAGAGCUAUUCUUGAGAAAGAGGUGAUUGAACAAGAAAAAUCCCACCUGUCGGAGGUUUUGUCAAAAGCUGAGCUUUCAAAGGCGGAAGUGGAAAUGGAAAUAAACAGGGUGAAGACGGAGGAGCUUGCUUUGAAGGACGCUUUGAUCAAACUGCAAAGCUUGAAUGAAGCCCUGGGAAUGGACAAAGUCGAGCUAACCAGGAUUAUCAGGCAUAUGGAAUUUGAGAAAGAUGCUCUGGGAAAUGAGAAGAACGAAAUCGAGCAAGAAAAAAUAAGCAUACGUGAAGAACUGAUUAGAGUGGAGCAAGAAAAGGUUGAUCUAGACACCGAGAAAUCGACGUUGGAUCAGAAUCUAAGCAUGACAGAAGCAACGCGUGAAAAACUGGAAAGCGAGUUGAUUCAAGUAAACAGAGAGAGGAAAGAAUUGAUCGAAAAUCUGAAUCAAGUGACACGUGAACGAGAUGGCUUCCAUGAUGAGUUGCUUCAAGCAAGACGAGAAUUGGACCGCCAAAGCAACAACGUGGUGCGGCUUGCACGCGAAAAGGAGGACCUCACGAAGGAGAAGUCCAAUCUCAUUGUUCAGCUGACUGGCUCAGAGAGAGAUAACCGUGCGAUGUCUGAGGCCAAUGCUAGCUUGAAAAGUGACAAGGAAAGCCUUGAAACUGCUUUGUACGAAAUCCAGCAGACAGCAGGCAAGCUGGAAACACGUAAAGAACAAUUAGAGGGAGAGAACCAGGAGCUGCGCUUAGCAAAGGAGGCCCUUGCGGUGGACAUUGCUAGAGUAAAGAAGGAGAGAGAAAUUGAAGAAACCAAACUGAACAGGGUGAUCGAGGGGCUGGAACAAAACAUUGCUGCUGCGAACCGAGAUCAUGAGGUUGCAAUCAAUCGUGCAAAGCAGAGAAACGAGGAAGAUGUUGAGAGACUUUCCCAAGAAAAGGACACUUGCAUUUUGCAGGCCAAUCAAGACAAGGAGGACGCUAUCAAUGAACUCAAAGAAGAGCUUGAGGAACUCGCUCAAAAGUAUGAAAAGGAGAAGGCAGCUUUGAUAAACGAAGUAGCUUUAGUUCAAAAGGAAAGAGACGAAAUGCUUGUGAUGGCUGAGAGCGAGAAACAAGAAGCAUUGCAUAUGGCUUCAAACGAGAAAGCUAUGUUGGUUGAGAGAGGAAACAAAGUAAAAGAUGAGUUGGACAGUGUGAAAGCGGACCUUGAUCGAGUGAAACGAGAGUCAUUCAGCAAAUCAGAACAAGAUAAGGCUGCAUUGAACGCAACACAGCGAGAGCUGAAACAAACCAAAGACCAGCUGGAAGAGUCCUUGGCUAGCUUCAAGGCACGAAUUGAAGAGCUUGAGCUGCAGGUUCGAGAUUUGACUCGCGUUAAGGAGAAUGCCGACAAGGAGAUAAACGAAUUGAAAUUGCAGUUGAAAAUGGUAGAAGAAUCACGUGAUGCUGUUCGAAGAGAUUUGAUUGAAGCACAAAGAAAGAUCAGGCACGGUGAAGAGGCUAUGGAAACUGCGAGGAAGGAAAUAGCAGAGCUGCGCAGGGCGUUGAAAGAUGAGGAAAAAGAAAAGGAAGCUAUUCAACUAACCACAAACGAAUUACGAGGCAAAGUCAAGAGGGCGGAAGGAGAAAAAGCUAAUUUGAAAAGAAGUUUGGACGAGGCAAAACAGAAGAUAGCCCAUUUUGAGGAAAAGACGUCAGUACAACAGAAGGAAGCCGAGGAGAUGAGAGGCAACCUAAGGGAAAUCGAGAAGGCUCGCCAAGAAGCUCGCAGGGAAAUUCAGCAACUUCACAACCAGGUAAGGCAACUUGAAUCGGAUUGCUUGAAGGCAAAGAAGGAAAUCAGCAGCUUGAAGGACCAGCUUGCUAAGGAAGAACAUCUUCUUGAAGAAAGUCGUAGAGAGGCCUAUGGCACCAAGCAGAAGCUGGCCGAAGUAGAUGGAGCCCGUGAGGUAUCCAGAAGAGAAGGGCAGCAACUGGCGAGAAGGCUUGCAGACUUUGAAGAGGAUUUUAGAUUGAAGGAGAAAGACUAUCAGAUGGCAGUUGACGAUGCAAGGAAGGCGCUUGGAAAGUCGCAGGAAAAAGUAAAGAACCUGGAGAACCUUCUCGAAAAUUCCAACCAGGAUCAAGCUGAUCUGAAACUGAAGCUUUCUGGAGCGGAAGGUAGAAUCUCAGGUCUUGAGACACAGCUCACCCGGAUUGAAAACGCCAAACACGAAGUUGAAUUCAAACUGACAAGUCUGCAUUCGGCAUUGCGACGAACCCUAGGCAUCAGAGGCGUGCCAUCUGAGCGUGCCAGGUCUCCAUCUCCAGUCCGAAGCCCCAGUCCAAGACGAAGAACACCAUUCAGCCGAAGCAAAACACCAACUAGAACAGAUGUUGACAUGUCACCAACCAAAGAUGACUCGUUUUCGCCUCGAAGAUCCCCAAGCAAAGGAGAUUCGAUCAAUGAAAUCGAUCCCGAGGCUGUUCGCGUAGCUCUCCGGGACUUCGCGCAAAAGAUGCGUGACUUUGAGCGUGAGAGAGACGAAGCCUUCGCACAAGUAAAUAGCCUUCAGAGGCAAUUCUCAGAGGUAGAAAAUGAUCGAAACGAAUGCGAGAAGCGAGUGCAGACAUUGCAAAAAGCUCUCGAAGAAAGUGAGAACGGCAAACGAGGUGCAGAUGGGAAGCUUAGCAGCGCUCAAACGGCGUUGAUGCUACAAGAAGAGACUAUACGAAGGCUGGAGCGUGAGAGGAAGAACAUAAACGAGAAGAUGCAGGCCCUAGAGACGAGUCUUGCGCAGUCCGAUGCUGAUCGAAGGCAGCUGAAAGAUAAGGUAUCAAAGCUUCAGCUCAAUGACACCAAGGUCGAACAGGAAAAGGAGGCUAUGAGAUCUCAGAUUGAGAAUGCGGAAUCUCGUAUCACAAGAAUAGAGUUGAAAAAGCGAGGCUUAGAAGGUGACCUCGAGCGCAUUCGUCUGUCCUUGCAAGAGAGUGAGGCUGAGAAACAAGCAAUGCGAGACAGAAUAAAUGAUUUGGUGCAAUCACAGCAACACCUCGAACAAAAGGCGACGUCGCUUCAGCUCACUGUGGAGCGGUUAUCGACAGCGUUGGCCAAAACAGAAGAGGAAGAGCGUUUAUGUAAACAAAAGGUUACCGAACUGUCGAUGAAAUUAAACGAUAGCAACCAGAACAUACUGAGCUUGCAAGAGCGAAUUAGGCAGCUGCAAAGAGCUUUGACCACUACAGAGCACGAUAAAAGGGUUCUGGAGGAGAGACUUGAUACGCUGAAAAUGUCGCAGGUUGAAGGGAAGAAAGCCAACGAUGGCCUUGCAGAGAGAUGCAGAUCGCUGCAGAAUGAGAUUCACGAUGCAGAAGAAAAGAAAUCGGAAUUAGAAGAGCAAGUUCGUAAAUUGCAUCAAAUGGUCCAAGCACGACAAGAGAGCGAAGAUGAUUUCGUCACCCGAGUAGGAAAGCUGCAGGAGGACAAGAGACAACUCCAAGAGAAACUUAGUCAGCAGCAACGUGUUUUGGCUUCAGCAGAGCAGGAGAAGAGGGAGCUUGAAAGAGCCCAGGUUCGCGUUGAAAAGGACAAAAAGGCACUCAAGGCCACUCUCGAUAGGAUUGAGAGAGACAAGCUGAACACAGAGGAAGAGCUUAGUAAAGUCAAGGAAGAAAGGUCUGCUUUAGACAGAUCGUUGAAUUCGCAAGAUCAGGAUAUGCUUGAACUGAGGUCACAGAUACAAUCAUUGCAGCAAACCUUGGCUGAUACUGAAGACUCACAUGCCAAAAAACUGAUGGAGAUUGCUGAGAGACACAGGGACGAGAUCGAUCGCGAAGCAGAACGGUCGAAACAGGCGCAAUCACACUUGGAGAGAACCCACCAAGCAAGAGAACGUGUUCACAAGCAGAGAGUGAGGGGGCUUGAAGAACAGGUGAACACAUUGAAAGACCAACUGAGCAAAGAAAUGCAACAAAAGCACUCGUUUAUAACAAAGACAUCGCAGAAAUCAGAUGAAAUCAAAGACAUACGCAGCAAAUUGAGCGAUUCACUGCACAGCGUUGCCCGCGAGCCAGCCGUGCUAGACCGCGAGACAUUGAAGCUUGAUCAAACAGCCGACCAGAUUUCUGGUAUUGAUAUCGGCGAUUCAACAUACCCGACCAGCACACCCUAUUACGGAAACAUGCGGCGCACAAAAUCAUCAUCACCAUCUUUAAUCUCACCUGAAAAGCUGAAGAUGUCCGGCCUAGCCAUGACUCCUACAACUGACCCUGGUAUCAGUCCAACAAAGCGUUCCACUCCAAUCACAGCAGGCCUGAGAAGAUCUGGCAUGGUACCAAGGUCAUCGGUCUCAAGCGCCCACAGCAAAUCAAGAAAAGACUACCAAUAGAAGAUCGUUUUAGACUGCGCUGAACAUAUUAGCUACUGAUUCGUUAAUGGGUUAACAUUUUUGUUAUUCAGACUUUUUAUCGAACGUUCUGUUGUUAUUGUAAAGUGCAAAGUUUUUAUCUGUUUCUACUUGGUUUGGAGAACGUAUUUGUUGUCUUUCACUGAUCGCUGGUGCAGCGUGUGUAGAAGGACAACCACGUAUUGCACCGCUUCUCUCUCGUUUUGAUGCCAUUUAAAUGGCUCUUCUUCCUGUGUUUUUAUUUACAUAGGCCUUUAUUUUAACGAUAUGAAAAACAAAGCCUACUGUUAACCGUAUAGCUUGGUAUUUUGCUCCGAACUUGUGAUCCAACAAUACGCUGCAAACCAUUUAGUUGAUAGGGUUUUUAACUUCGUGUUAGAUUUUUCAGCUGUAAUUUGCGACUUAAUUGUAAAUGGGGGGAGUAGAGACUUUGAUUCUAUUGAUUUUCACAAUAGCUUAUGACACAGAGACUGAUUUUGUAUAUUUUAAGAUUAUGGGAGACGUAACUUUAUGUGUACACUCUAUCCAUAGUAAACAUUAGACGUAGUGAUUCUGCGUGCUUCCGCGAGAUACUGCAGGACACACGAGCUUCACAAUCGAUGAUUAAUUAUCCGACCAUGACAAUGGUGCUCUACUCACAAAAUAUCUGGAUUUUCAAAUCUGUUUGCAAUAAAACCUUAAUAUAUUCAAUUUUGUAAAACAUUUCGUCCUAUCUGAUCUUAGCCAUUUAAUACUCAAUCACACCGUACACCAUUGAUUAUGAAGUUGUAAAAAGUUGGCGUCUUAGAUUUGUGCUGUAAACAUUUUGUGAUUAUCUUAUCAAUAUAGAGAAGGAAAACCUAA